AGAAGGCAGAAAAUGGAGAGCGAUGCAGGGCAGUGGUCCCAUCUCCCGAAGGAUCUGCUAGCGAAGAUCGCCGGACGCCUCGACACCCGCAUCGAUUUUCUCCGUUUCCGCAGCGUCUGCUCUUCAUGGAUGUCGUCCGUUUCCCCUACCUUUCCCAGCAAAAACCCUCUCUUGUCUCUGAAACUCCCGUACCCCAUUGACUCCAUUGCAAACCUCAACAUCAGUGACCCCGACACCCGCAACCCUCGCGUCUCCUUUUCCCUCAUCGAGUCCACUCUCUAUUAUCUUCAACCACUCCGCCAAACCCCAGAUUCCAAAGAGGCCCUGUUGAUUAAGUUGAAGGAGCCUAAACCAGGGAAAGUCCGUCUUAUGGACACCCUCUCCAGACGCCCCAUCCAGCAUCUGCCCAAAAAUUUCCCCAAGGUUCUCAACACGCUUGACUUUCGAGUCCGUGAAGUUGGUAAAACUUAUGGUCUUCGUUUGUUUGAUGUUCGGGGUAAGCCUAUUACUAGGUUUGAGUUCAAAUCUAUUUUGAUCACGAAAGUAAUUAUGUUCUCGAAGGGUGAUGAGUAUGGUUUGAUGAUGAUUCAUAUUAGAGGGGGGCUGGCUCUAUGGAGAUUGGGGGAGAAGAAAUGGAGUUUGAUAGAUGAUGGAGCAGAGAAAUCUCAUUUUGACGAUGUUAUAUACUAUAAGGGGAGAUUCUAUGCUAUUGAUUAUAUAGGAAGAAUCGUGGUGAUUGAUGCUGACUCUCUGAAAGCCACAGAGCUUGCGUCUCCGGUGCAUGGGAGCAGGGGUAAUCACAGGCAUUUUGUGGAGUCAUUUGGGGAACUGUUUUUGGUUGAUAAGUACGUAGAAACCUUUUGUAAUAAUUAUAGCGACAUAGUUUCUGUUGUCCCGGAUUAUCCUGUUCAUUUUGAGGUCUUUAAGUUCAUUGAGGAGGAGCAGAAGUGGGAUUGGGUAAGCGACAUUGGCGACCGAGUGUUGUUUGUGGAUGAUGACCGCACCUUUUCUCUCUCGUCUACUGACUUCCCUUGAUUCAAGGGGAACUGCGUUUAUUUCACCGAAUACUGUUUCUGUGAAGAAGAUGAUGAUCGUCCCGGGUUCGAUGCUGGCAUAUUCGAUUUAGAGCAGCGCAUUGCUAGGCCACUAUCGGCUUUCCCAGGGUAUUCUAAGAUCUUUUGGCCACCCCCAGCUUGGCUCAGGGCACAAAGAAGCUCAAU